GUCGCAGCAUGCUGCGAGUAUCUGUGCUCCGGCUGUUGGGUUGCGCGGGGCCCAGCAGAGUCUCUCUCCUGGGGUGUUCUGGACCACGCCACUGCGGUUCGUACUCUCCGCGUGCCCGCGACGAUGUUCACGACGCGCGCGCCUACUUCACCACACCCAUUUUCUACGUGAACGCGGCGCCGCACAUCGGACACCUGUACUCGGCACUACUGGCGGACGCCCUGUGCCGGCACCGUCGCCUGCGAGUGCCGGGCACCGCCGCCACGCGAUUCUCCACCGGUACGGACGAGCACGGCCUGAAGAUUCAGCAGGCGGCCGCCACUGCGGGUCUGGCCCCAAUCGAGCUGUGUGAUCGGGUCUCUGCCCAGUUCCAGCAGCUGUUCCGGGAGGCCGGAAUCUCCUCCACCGACUUCAUCCGCACUACGCAAGCCCGGCACCGCGUGGCUGUGCAGCACUUUUGGGGGGUGCUGAAGUCCCGGGGUCUGCUCUACAAAGGGCUCUAUGAAGGUUGGUAUUGCGCCUCCGAUGAGUGCUUCUUGCCUGAGGCCAAGAUCACCCGGCAGCUGGGUCCGUCGGGGGACUCGUGGCCUGUAUCUCUCGAGAGUGGGCAUCCUGUCUCCUGGACCAAAGAAGAAAACUAUAUUUUCAGGCUUUCCCAGUUUCGGGAGCCGCUGCAGCGGUGGUUGCGAAGUAACCCUCAGGCGAUCACCCCAGAGCCAUUCUAUCAUGCAGUCCUUCAGUGGCUGGAGGAGGAACUGCCCGAUCUGUCCGUUUCUCGCAGGAGUAGCCACUUGCACUGGGGCAUUCCGGUUCCUGGGGACGAUUCACAGACCAUCUACGUAUGGCUGGAUGCUCUGGUCAACUACCUCACCAUAAUUGGUUACCCAAAUGCUGAGUUUAAAUCUUGGUGGCCAGCGACAUCUCACAUCAUAGGUAAGGACAUUCUCAAAUUUCAUGCCAUCUAUUGGCCUGCACUCCUCUUAGGGGCUGGAUUGAGUCCACCACAUCGCAUCUAUGUUCACUCCCACUGGACAGUGUGUGGCCAAAAGAUGUCCAAGAGCUUGGGCAACGUGGUGGAUCCCAGGAUCUGUCUUGAUCGCUAUACUGUGGAUGGCUUCCGCUACUUUCUCCUUCGGCAGGGCGUGCCCAACUGGGAUUGUGACUACUAUGAUGAAAAAGUGGUCAAGUUGCUGGACUCGGAGCUGGCAGAUGCCUUGGGAGGGCUUUUGAACAGAUGCACUGCCAACAGAAUAAAUCCUUCUGGGACCUAUCCAGCCUUCUGCACUACCUGCUUCCCCUCUGAGCCAGGGUCCACAGGGCCACUGGUUCGUGCUCUGGCAGAGGACUAUGCUCUCAUAAGUGCAGUGGCCACUUUGCCCAAGCAGGUAGCCAGCUACUAUGAUAAUUUUCAGAUCUAUAAAGCUCUGGAGGCAGUGGCCUGCUGUGUUCGGCAAACUAAUGGUUUUGUUCAAAGGCAUGCACCAUGGAAAUUGAACUGGGAGAGCCCAGUGGAUGCUCCAUGGUUGGGUACUGUGCUUCAUGUGGCCUUGGAAUGUUUGAGAGUCUUUGGAACUUUGCUUCAGCCUGUUACCCCAAACCUAGCUGACAAGCUGCUGUCCAGGCUGGGGGUCUCUGCCACAGAGAGGGGCCUUGGAGAGCUCAAUUUCCUGCCUCGAUUCUAUGGACAUCCAUGCUCUUUUGAAGGGAGGAGGCUGGGACCUGAAACUGGGCUUUUGUUUCCAAGACUGGAUCAAUCCAGGGCUUGGCAGGUAAAAGCCCACAGGACCUAGACCCCAAUUCUGACUGACUAUGGCAAAAAGAGCAAAUGUGUUAGUUUUUCAUUUUCAGGAAAGGUACACUAACUAGUAUUUUCCUAAAAUUAUGUGCAUCAGAUGAGCACAUAAAUUGUGGUGUUUGAAAUGAGGUUUCCAGUUUGUCAGGAGCCUACCCCUUUCUUCAUUUCUCUGCCCAUUGACCACUCACUGUUCUUUGUGUACCACUGUCUAAAGUGUCUCCAGGGGAAAGAUGGUAAGCGAUAAUGUUGCUCAUACUAUUCCUUCUCAUUGUACCUCCCAAACCAUGGUUACCUUAUUUGUUCAAACUACCUCUCAUGACUUCUGCUUCUCAGACUAAAUAGAAU